AUGUCAUUCUUUCCAUACGUCCCCUCCAUUACCCUUCCCUCGCAGGUCUUUAGCUCCCCUGUAGUUGCAAUUCUCCUCCCAAUAACACUCGGCUCAGCCGUUGGAUACGCAACCCGACCAAAGGCAACCAAGCAGGUCUAUGCUGCCAUCCGGCAGCCCCCCCUGCGUCCACCCGCCUGGGUCUUUGGCCCCGUCUGGACGGUGCUUUACGGCACCAUGGGCUAUGCAGCGUACCGCGCGACGACCAUCGGGCUCGCACACCCCGACCCCUCCAUCCGCAGCCUGGCCCUCGUCGGCACAACAGCCUACACCACACAACUCGGGCUGAACCUCGUGUGGAUGCCGCUGUUCUUUGGGUUGAGAAAGCCUGCUCUGGCGCUGGCUGAUAUCGUGGCGUUGACAGCGAAUGUGGGGACGCUGGCGGCACUGUGGAGUCAAUGGGAUAAGACGUCGGCAUACCUGAUGGUGCCGUAUCUGGCGUGGUUGAGCUUCGCGACCUACAUCACGGCCGGCGCUGGAGUGAUGAACAAUUGGGAUAUCUCCCGUGUGGAGAAGCAGAACUAG